AUGACACAAUACAAGUACCCCUCCCCCAAGCCCGACCCCCACGGCUACCUGCGCAAGGGCGAGGGCGACUUCAUCAAGGCUCGCGGCCCGGCGCCCACCGAGACGCCCUCGCCACCGCGCGCGGGCGCCACCACGCUGCGCGACAACCCGCCCAACACCGCGUUCCGCCGCUUCUACGAGCGCGGAGACCUGCCCAUCAGCGUCGAUCACAAGAGCUUCAAGAACGCCAUCAAGUGGAAGGUCGAGCUGGACAAGCUGGACUACCACCACUAUCUGCCUAUCUUCUUUGACGGCAUUCGGGAAAAGCAGGACCCGUACCGCUUCCUGGCGGUGAAGGGCGUGGAGGACCUGCUGGCGGCCGGCGGGGCGCGUGUGCUGCCUGUUAUCCCUCAGCUGAUCAUCCCCCUGAAGACCGCGCUCAACACGCGCGACCCCGCGGUGAUGUGCAUCACGCUGCAGCUGCUGCAGAAGCUGGUGGCCUGCAGCGACCUGGUGGGGGAGGCGCUGGUGCCAUACUACCGCCAGCUGCUGCCUGUGCUCAACAUCUACAUCAACAGGAACAAGAACAUGGGUGACAGCAUCGACUACGGACAGCAGCACUAUGAGUGCCUGGGGGAGCUGAUCAGCGACACGCUGCAGCUGCUGGAGCAGCGCGGGGGCGAAGAUGCCUUCAUCAACAUCAAGUACCUCAUCCCCACUUACGAGUCCUCUGUUUCGGCCUGA